UCGACCGAAAUUAAGAAAUAUACCGUGAUAAAUUUUGGCCGUAUCGUCCAGCCCUAUUCUCAGUAGAAAAUACAUUAACUGGAUGCAAAUUGACUUUCGCAGAAUGCUUUCAUUGCAGGAAAAUUCUGUCAUUAUUUACUCACCCUCAUGUCUUUUCUUCCACGGAACACAAAAGUAAAUAUUUGUAGCAGAAUUUCCAAGCUACUCUUUUCCAUACAAUAAAGGCAUUUGGCUAAACCUCUCUAAGUAAAUCACACAAAUAGGAAUGACAUGAAAAUGAACUAUCCAUUUAACAAUUUUUAUAUCCCUACUAAAUUUUUUUUUUUUCAUUGUAUUAAAAAAAAUCUUUUAGGUCCUUUCACAAGACCACAUCCCGCUAUAUGGCGCAUGGUUUUUGGUCUCAGUGUCCUUUACUUCCUCUUCCUGGUGCUCCUCAUCUUCCUGAACUGGGAUCAGGUGAAGGUGCUGUUGUAUUGGCUGGACCCCAAUCUACGGUACGCCACACGAGAAGCAGAUAUCAUGGAGUAUGCAAUAAACUGCCACGUGAUUACAUGGGAACGCAUCCUGAGUCAUUUUGACAUUUUUGCCUUUGGUCAUUUCUGGGGCUGGGCAAUGAAAGCUCUACUCAUCCGCAGCUACGGACUCUGCUGGACCAUCAGCAUCACAUGGGAGCUCACAGAGUUGUUCUUCAUGCACCUCCUGCCAAACUUUGCAGAGUGCUGGUGGGAUCAAGUCAUUCUUGACAUCCUGUUGUGCAAUGGAGGGGGCAUUUGGCUUGGCAUGACUAUGUGUCACUUUUUAGAGAUGCGUACCUACCACUGGGCCAGUAUCAAGGAUAUCCACACAACCACAGGCAAGCUGAAACGGGCUGUUUUGCAGUUCACUCCGGCCAGCUGGACGUAUGUGCGCUGGUUUGACCCCAAAUCCUCUUUUCAGAGGGUGGCUGGAAUCUACCUCUUCAUGAUAAUAUGGCAGCUCACAGAAUUGAACACGUUUUUCCUGAAGCAUAUCUUCGUAUUCCAGGCCUCUCAUCCUCUCAGCUGGUGCCGGAUCCUCUUCAUUGGGAUCAUCACUGCCCCCGCAGUGCGGCAAUACUACGCAUAUCUAACAGACACCCAGUGCAAAAGAGUUGGAACACAGUGUUGGGUGUUUGGGGCCAUUGCUUUCCUGGAAGCUCUGGCUUGUAUCAAAUUUGGACAAGACUUGUUCUCUAAAACACAGGUUCCUUAUGUUGUCCUUUGGCUUUUGUGUUUGGCUUUCAUUACUUUUCUCUGUCUGUAUGGAAUGAUUUGGUAUGAGCAGAAUUAUGGGAAGAGACUGAAGAACAUUGCAGACUGUGACGACAGCACCCUUAUUGACACGUAUGACCACAUUCUUGAAACUGCCAAAGCAGAGAAGAACUCCAGUAGUAAUUCCACUUCAUCACGGAGAAGAAAAGGAGGCUCUGGAAAAAACAAAACAAUCAAUGGAACAAGCGGCAAGAAGUGACCACAGCUAGAGACUGAUGAUCUCUCAAUGGACCACAAGGGGUGAAAGAAAGAAUAUGUCAUAAGCGGUUGAAGAGAGUUUAAGCGGUUAGCUGUGUUAUAGUGUGAAUACACAAGAAGCGGUUCUAUAAACAGAGGACACAUUCCAAACCACAAGCCUCUGUCUUUACUAUAUACACUAGUUUUUAUUUUCAUAGCACUUGGAAGGAAACAAUGAUUUGUGGUAUGCCAGGAUUACGGGAAAUGACACAAUGCACACUUUCCAGUGGCACUGAUGUGACUUUCAUAUUUAGGAAUGUCAGAAGCGUCUGAGCCAGUGAAUGUUUGUGAUGGCCCUCCUAAUGAAAUGAGCUCAAUGCUGCCAGGCUUUCUGUAAAACAUGAUGGGAGCGUUAUUCAGCUCUGAUUAUUUCUUAUUACCAGUAUUGUUAAUGCAGACCAAGCCCUGUCUUAAAUGUUGCACAUUUUUCUCCACUUGCCCUUUAAUCAGUGAAUGUUUUGUUGACGCAUACCUAUGCAUUGAUCAGGGUAAGAAAUGUUAUGCAUCAUUUCAUUGUGAGCUUAAAAGCGAGCUCUCCUUUUUUGAAAAUCCUUUAAGCACUUGUUUUAAUGUAGUAUGAUCUUGGCACAGCUGUUCCAUUAUCACAACAUUUACAGUUUUUCAGUCUUCUUAUAUUUGCUCUUUUAAAUGAAUACUGCAGGGUGGUUGAAGGAGAGGCAGGUCGUGACCUUUUGCAUUAAGAGCUGUGGAUUUACUUAAAUGUAAUAUGAUUCAGCUUUUUUGGCAAAAUGUAAAGGUUGUUUAGAAAUAAUGACAUAAUGUUGUGUCAACAUGUGGUGUCAUUUUUUUCCUAUACUUUUAUAGUUAUUGCUUUGUAUGUUAACUUUUGUGAUAAGAUUUAUACCUGUGUGAGUAUGUGGGCAUGUGCAUACAUGAUUUUAGUCCCAUAAUGUUUUCUGUGUGAGGCCUUUAAAUGACGAUGCAUUUCUAUAUGCAGUUUUUUGAAAUAGCUGUAAUUUUUGCAAAACCUACAUUUAGGAUUUUGUGCUGUUUUUGUAGGCAGGAAUGUUUUUUUUCCAUGGUUUAUUAAUACUAAAUGGUAGCCUAUGCAUGCUUAUAUUAAGGUACUAUCACUUUUUUCUUUUUCUUUAUUUAUUUUUUUUACAUUCUGCUUUCAUGGACCAAAUUGUUGAGCAAUACCCAAGCUGAUAGUUAUACAGAAUCUAAUAUUUUCCCCUGGAAAAACAUCAAAAC